UUAUUUAUUUAGUAAUUUGAACUGGAUGGUCAAUAUCAGAAUUCUGCUGCAAAUCUGCAAAAAACAAAUCUCUCAAAGUAGCCUACGUAUAUCCUUUGGAGCAUUUCUCCUUCCUUUUUGCAGAUGCAUUAAGCCUCAGGAGCAAUGGCAGGCGCUGGAGAGCGCAAAGGAAAGAAGGAUGACAACGGGAUUGGCACGGCUAUUGAUUUUGUGUUGUCCAAUGCUCGACUUGUACUGGGAGUGGGAGGUGCUGCUAUGCUGGGGAUUGCUACCUUGGCUGUCAAACGGAUGUAUGACAGAGCAAUCAGUGCUCCAGCCAGCCCCACCCAUUUAAGCCAGUCAGGAAAGAGAAGCUGGGAGGAACCAAGUUGGCUUGGGUCAUCAUCACGAUUACUGAACCAAGACAUGAAGACAAAUCUUAGCCGUUCUCUGCAGACUCUGCCCACAGAUGCUUCAGAUUUUGAAAUAUAUUCCAUCAAAUCUAUGAAGCAUAAAUCACCUGCUAAAAGAAGCCAGGUGGAAUUGAAGAAAUCCCGCCUUCGGAUGUCCUUGCAAGAAAAACUGUUUGCUUAUUAUCAAAGAAAGGUGGCUAUCUCUGUAGAAGAACAGAUCAAAGCUAAGCAAGCUGCUGUGGAUAUCUGUGCUGAAUUACGCAGUUUCCUCCGUACCAAGUUGCCAGACAUGCCUCUGCGUGAGAUGUAUCUGAGUGGUAGCCUCUGUGAUGACUUACAGGUUGUGACAGCUGAUCACAUUCAACUUAUUGUUCCUCUUGUGCUAGAACAGAAUUUAUGGUCAUGCAUUCCAGGUGAAGAAACCAUUAUGAACAUCCCUGGCUUCUGCCUAGUACGUCGGGAAAACCCAGAGUAUUUUCCUCGUGGUAGCAGUUACUGGGACCGCUGUGUAGUGGGAGGUUAUCUCUCGCCUAAGUCUGUUUGUGGUACCUUUGAGAAAGUAGUGGCUGGCUCCAUCAAUUGGCCAGCAAUUGGAUCCCUCCUAGAUUAUGUGAUUCGUCCAGUUGCACCCUUAGAAUCUCUAACUAUGGAGGUCCAGUAUGAACCAGAUCGGCACCUUCUAAUAGACUUUUUGCCAUCUGUGACACUAGGUGAUUCUGUAUUGGUAGCCAAGCCACAUCGACUGGCCCAAUAUGAUAAUCUAUGGCGACUCAGCCUUCGGCCAGCAGAGACAGCUCGCCUGCGGGCCUUGGACCAAGAUGACUCUGGUUGCCGUUCUUUGUGCCUUAAGAUCCUAAAGGCCAUAUGUAAACUGAAUCCAGUUCUGUGUCGUCUUUCUGCCAGCCAGCUUACCAAUGUAAUAUUACACCUGACUCAAGAAGAAACUGAUUGGUCACAAGAUGCAAUAGCUGACCGUUUUCUUCAGGUAUUGAAAAAACUAAUUGGUUAUUUGGAAGAAGGAAUUCUUCCGAGUGCUUUAAAUCCCAAGGUGAACUUGUUUUCAGAGCUUACUACUGGAGAAGUAGAUGAGUUAGGCUAUACUCUGUACUGUUCACUUUCAGAACCAGAACUUCUGCUGCAAAUGUAAUGGCUGCCUUAAGUAUGAGUUAGUGUUAGAACUACUUGCCAUGACAAUUUGUCUUCUGAGUGACCUAUGCACAUCUUGCCCUGGUUAUUUUGCAAGUCUGCCUCUGCAUUUUUAUUGUUAUUAAAUAGGAGUGGGGGGCUUUAGAUUUCCUGGUGCUACUGGUCUAGUUCCACUACACUCAAGGAAUUGAAGGAAGAAGCAACUUUGAAGAUCUGCUCAAUUUGUGAUAAUGUUCUUAUUGAUGUAUCCGCUGCUGGAGUCCCAACCUGUGCUCUAUUUCCUGUAAUACUUUAUACUUCGCUGCAGUGAAAAUUCUUACCUCCUAUUUCAAAAGCGUAAAAUUGUCACUAAUAAUUUAAAAAAAACCCAAAGUAUAAUAUUCCUAUUGAUUGAUGAUCAUUUCCCCCUUUUUAUUCUGAAAGUGCUUGACAGAAAAGCUUCAAGAAAAAUAUUUGUAGCAGGAUAUAUAUUUGUGAAUUCUGUACAUUGACUGUAAUUAUAUUGUCUAGAGGUGGGUUUUUUUCUUUUUAAAUAGCAUGCUGCUUAAAUUUAUGUGGCAGAGAGAUGAUAACCCCAUAUUUUGAAAACUGAGUGCAUAUUGUCUAGGAUUUGCUGCUUUGCCAGAUUGGAGUCCUUCACUGCACAAGCACAUAUAAGGUCCUCAAUACACUCGUUUGAAAAACUGGUAAGCAGAUUGUUAAUUGAUGCAAAGGAAUGUAAGAAGAGAAAUUUCAUAUUUACUGCUUUUGAAAUAAUUUGUCCAUGUGUUCAAUUGUUUGAGAAAUUAGGAAAUAUCACUAAGGCACAGAUGAGGACACUUGAAAUAAAAAUUCUUGAAUAAGUGCUAUGACACUUCAAAAAAUGUUGUGCCUUAAAAUCAUAACAAAGAGUAGUUAAGAGGUGACUAUAUGCAAAACUGAAGAGGGUAAAUAUGCUUUGGUAGAUAUAACUUCAUUUGCUGUACUUGUUAUUGAUGGUCAGAGAAGCCCAGUCUGAAUUUGAAGCACCUUUGCCCCCCUUCAAUUCUGAAUACUGCAUAUCAUUAGUGCUUGAGCUUCAAAUUAUUGACUAGCUGGCAAAUGUAUGGAUACUGACAUAUAAUUCCUGAAUGUUUUAUCUAUAAACUAUUGGGCACAGGCAACUAGAAGAAAUGACGCUACUGGAGGAACACAAAAUAGUUUUAAGUGAAAAAUAUAUACUAUGCUGUUUAAUUUUAAAGGAGGUAGCAUAUUAUAUAUUUAACCAGUUUGAUCCAAUUGUAUUCAAGGAACUAUCAGCACAUUUUCUCCUAUGUGAUCUUCCGUACAUAAUUUAUAUAACCCUCUUCUUAAUCUCUACUCAUUCUUUGAAACGAUACAAGAUUUAGGGAGGAGCUUCUGUAGCUAUAUCUCUUGCUUUGCAGAUACAAGCAUGGCAUGAUGAAUGUGUAAUCUCUUGGGAAUAUAUGAUUUGUUAAUGUUGCUAUCAUCUGGUACUUCUUCCAUCUUUCCCCAAGGGAAAAAACAAGAGAAGGUACUCUAAGAGAUGAAACUGUCAAACCUGCAUAACAAGAAUUGCUACAAUACAUACCUGUAUGUAAUUCUGAGGGUUACCUUGUUUCAAAUAUCUACCCUCAACAUUAAAUGGUAGAAUGGAUAAUGAGAUAAUUUGCAGAUUUUGGGAAUUGAACAUAAAUCUUCCAUAUUCUUUCUGCUGAAAGUGGUGCUUACUAAGGCUACAUACGCUUCAGAACAUUUUUGAAAGAAGGUUUGGUCCUUCUUUGCAUAGAAUCACCUGAUACUCAUUAAAGUAGCCAGUUCUUUUUCAGGGUGCCACUUAAAGAGGUGUGUUAACUUUAAUGAAUGGAAUCUGUAAAGUAGUGGCAUAUUUUGGAAGCCUGAAAAAAUGAAUUUAAUAAAUAGCACAGAGCUGCUAGUUUUGUUGUGCAAGGCUCAAAAUGUUCCUUUCAAAUCAGUGUCAAAAUAUAGCUCUAAUGCUUGUGUUAUUAAGAUACUCUUCAAUUUAGUUGUAAUGUGUAGGCUCCAAUUCUAUAGCUAUGGAGAGUGCAACAUCUUUGAUUAUAUUUUGAGAUCAGAUUGUCUUUUACAGAUGGCAUAUAUUGUGGCAAUGGAAUCAGUAUUAGCCUAAUUUAAGUUUCAGUGUUAUAGCCAAAGACAGAAAGUUGAGUGCUGGCAAUUGUAACCUGGGAAAUACUUGGGAAUACAUUCCUCUCCAUUCCUCUUCCUGCUGUAUGAGUUGAUGAACACCUACAGAGACAUUAUGCGGUUAGAGACUUUUCUGUGAGGCCCAUUGUUCGUCAUCUUUGCUCCCUUUUUCCUUUUGUCACUUAGUCUGCUGUUUGUUUAGAGCAUGAAAGCAAAUCAUGAGGCAAGACUUAGAAGAAUCCAGUAUCUCUUGCAUUCUCACUUAUCUAUUACUUUUAAAAAUUGCAAAAACAUUUUAUUAAUUUUUUAAAAAAUUGUUGUAAGGUUGUAUAUAUAUUGUAUGUAGCUUUAAGCAACUAUCCCUGUGACAGAUGCCAUUUUGAUUUUUAUUUCACUUUCAUGUCUUUUAACUCUCGUUUCCUACAAAACAGUGAUGAAUUGGGAUUUUUUUUUCUUUAAAAUAUGUAAAAAGGAUUUCAUGAUAAGACUGAUUAACACAAAUUGCCACUGCCAUCAGUGCAAAAUUCGAGCUGAAAGAAAUGUGUUUACUCUUCCUUUCUAUUGAGGGUAAUAUACCUUGCAUUCUAUGUGAAUCAGCUUGUGUGAGGCAGCUGUAUUUCCCUGGAAAAUUCAAUUUGAAAACUUAGUAUACUUAAACUUACAAGUAUUCACUUAAAUUGUAUGUGACAACUUCCUACUGGCAGGUUUAGUUUUCAGCUCUCAGUCUGUAAAACAAUCAGAACAUAGAUAUUGAUUCAGUAGUAUGAAGUACAACAAAUUUAGAACAAACAAAUUGUUCUAAAUCACUGGGAAGUGGGAAGCCAAUGAGAGCAGCUGAUGGUCUCAAGCCAAUAGCCCAAGUCUGCUAGUCCUGGAAUAUAUGUUAAGUGUCAAACCAAUCAGUAGGAACUGCAAUUAUGACCAGCUAGCUGAAUAAUAAAUUUGUCUUCACUUGGCACUGUCGACCUCCAAGGUUUGAUGAAAUACUUGGGAUAUUUGGCCAGGCUGAAAUGUAUGAGGGUUGGAGGAGGGAAUUCUAAUGGUCUGUAACAAUGCAUAAAAGCUGUGAAAUAAAAUCCUCCACAACCAUGUGGCUCUUUUUAAA